UCUGUGACUGGGAAAAUGUUUGGAUUUGGUUCCUCCAUUUUCAGCUCAGCAUCCACUUUGGUAUCAUCUGCUGUUCAGGAAGUAUCAAGUACUACACCUCCAGGUUCUCGUAAGAUGUCUGCUGGUCCCAAGAUUUCUCCAAGAAGUACACCUACAGCUUCCCCCAAAAUGUCACCAGCAAGAGAUCCCAAAACUCUUAGUCAGAAACCAGAGCAGGGGAGGAAACCAGAAGAAUCCCACCAGAGCAAAGAGGACAAAGCUCCAUUACACCAACCAAGGGCAUCAGCAAUCUCCCAAACAUCUUCUAAAGGAAGUAAAGCCACCUGUCCACUAUGUAAGGUUGAGCUUAACAUGAGUUCCAAGGACCCUCCAAACUACAACACCUGCACUGAGUGCAAAACUACUGUCUGUAGCCAAUGUGGAUUCAACCCAAUACCUAUAGGAAAGGAAAACGAGUGGCUAUGUCUUAACUGUCAGAUGAAAAGAGCAGUUGAAGCAUCUGAGCCCCCUCCAGCAAUGAAGUCCCAAGCAGUUCCUAAAGUUCCUUCACCUGCUGCAGUCUCACCACAGAGAAAAGAGUCUACUCCAUCAGUUAAGCCAGGCAAACCUGAAGCUGGUACUACUCCAUUGAAACAGGCGAGCCAAGAACCUGAUCAUAAAACACCAGAGGAAAUACAAAAGACAAGACCAAACAAGCCACCAGAUCAGGCAAGCCAACCUGGUGAUAAACAACUUGAUGCUGCAAAGCCUGGGAUAAAUAAUCAAACCGAACGUAAACAAAGUAAUGCUGCAGCAGCAACACAGCAAGAGUCAGGAGGCUUCUUUGGUUUUGGUGGUGGUAAAGCUCAACCAGAUGCUGCAAAGCCAGCAGAGUCAGGCACUGGGAAAAUGUUUGGCUUUGGUUCUUCCAUCUUCAGUUCUGCAUCUACUUUGAUUACCUCAGCUGUUCAGGACCAGCCCAAGACUACUCCACCAGUUUCUCCCAAGAUGUCAGCAGCAAAAGAGAUCAGAUCCCCUGCAGCUCAGAAGAGAGAACAACAAACAAAACCAGAACAACCCCAAGAGACCAAGACACCUCCAUCAGUGCAGGCCAAAGUGGACAAAGCUCCAUCAGAGCCUCCAAAGGCUGCAGCAGCUUCGCAAGUAGCUGUCAAACUAGGCCAGUCUACCUGUCCACUCUGUAAGGUCCAACUCAACGUGGGGUCCAAGGAUCCACCUAACUACAACACCUGCACUGAAUGCAAGAACACUGUCUGUAACCAGUGUGGAUUUAAACCUAUGCCAAAUGUGUCAGAAAUUGAGUGGUUGUGUCUGACUUGUCAGAUGCAAAGAGCCAUUACAGCAGCUGAGUCAGUCGACCCUCCACUGAUGAAACCCCAGGCAUCACCCAACAAAGCUCCCUCACCUGUUGCUGACCAAAAAGACGUCACUGCCAAUACACAGAAAGACACUAUCUCCAGUGUAAAAGCAGAAGUGCAAGAUCAAAAUAAGGCUGACAGCCCAACACCAGGUUUACCACAAAAGGAAGAAGAAACUAAAGCUUCAUUUCAAACGGUCAUUACAGAAACAACAACCACUGCUGCACCACCUGCAAAAGAAAUCACACAUACAGUUACAGCCCCAAGAAAAGAUGAGAAACCUGCUUCGCCAUCUACCAAGGAGAUUUCAAUCUCUACUGCCCCUCCCAUCAUUGAGACUGCAGAUGUCAAACCACAGCCUGUUGAAGCUCAUCCUGUCAACACAAAUAUUGAAACGUCUGUCCAGAGGUCAGAGUAUAUAACUCCACAAAGUUCUCUUUUACCUAAAGAAGUUUUAGAAAAGAAAGAGGGGACAGCUGAAAUAGUUCAGAAACCAGCUGAUCAACCAAUCUUCUCUGAUGAAGCACAGCCCCUGAAAGCCCUCAACGAAGAGUCUGCUCCUCCAGUAGCACAGUCAACAAAUCCAGACCUACCACUAGAACAACAGCAGGACAAGGCUCCUCCAUCUGAAAAGGCCACCGUAGAGAAAGGUCCUCCAGUCCCUGCAAAACCAGAAGCCUCCCAGGCUGUUCUCAAAAUGGUCCAACGUACCUGUCCGCUUUGUAAGAUUGGACUUAAUAUCGGCUCCAAAGAUCUUCCCAACUACAACACUUGUUCUGAAUGCAAAACCCCUGUCUGUAACAAAUGUGGAUUUAGUCCUACGCCAAAUUCAACAGAGGAAAAGGAAUGGCUUUGUCUGAACUGCCAGAUGCAGAGAGCACUCGGAGCUUCUGAACCUCCAGGCCUUCCCAUGAUCAAACCUAAACCUUCACCAAGUAAAGAGGUCCCUGUCACCACACAGAAGAAAGCAACCCCUAUGUCAACUUCUGAGGAGGACAUGCAUAAACGAGCUGCACCUACAGAUGAGCUAGUUGAUGUUUCCACAACCAAAGACACAGAAGCCCCAGACCUUGGUGUUGUAACAAAGAAAGUUUCACCUGCAGCUGCUUCAUUGCCUGACAAAACGUCUCUGUCCUCUACCACAACAACUGAUGUUUCACCCGGUUUACAAAAGCCUUCAGAAGAGACAUCCAAAGGACAUCCCAGUACACCCCAGCAACAGCCUCCAAAAUCUGAUACUCCUACUUCUAUAUCUACACCACCUUUAACAGUACCAGGUGAAGGAAAGCUACCUCCACAACAGACUGCAGUGGUGACUUCUACUGCUAUAUCCACUACUCCACCACCCAUCUUAGAGGCAGUAAAGCCAUCCCCGCAGCAGCUUCCACAAACGGUGACUUCUUCUGCUAAGUCUGCUCCUCCACCAGAUCAAGUGGCAAGCAAGCCCCCCCAACAACAUCCUCCAAAAGCUGGUACCUCUCCAGGCAAAUCUGUACCACCACCGGUUGAGCCUGCCAACCAGGCAUCAGGAGGCUUCUUUGGUUUUGGUGGUCCUAAAACACAAACAACAGCAACAAAGUCUGCUGAGUCCGUUUCUGGGAAGAUGUUUGGCUUUGGUUCAUCUUUCUUGAACUCGGCAUCAACUUUGAUAACCUCAGCUGUCCAGGAUGAACCCAAAAUGACACCACCGACUCCACGUAAGAUGUCCACUACAGCCCAUGUCUCUCCUAGAACAACACCACCAGCCUCUCCUAAAACGUUACCUGCAAAGAAUACUGAGGCUCUCCCGCCAACUCUUGAAAAGAAAGCAGAGAAACAACAGCUGAAAAAGGAUCCUUCAACCGUCCAAACCAACGCAGACAAAGAUGCAUCGGAGCCUCCCAAGGCACCAACCGACAUCCAAGGUGCCCCAAAAGCUGAUUCAUCAGGCUGUCCACUCUGUAAGGCCAACCUUAACAUUGGCUCAAACAAUCCUCCCAACUACAAUACUUGCACAGAAUGCAAGACCAUCGCCUGCAACCAAUGUGGAUUUAAUACAAUUUCCACUGUGACAGAGGUAAAAGAAUGGCUUUGUCUGAACUGUCAGAUGCAGAGAGCACUAGGAGCAUCUGAGCCCACUGGACGUCCUGUUCUGAAACCUCAGCCCUCCCCAACCAAGGUUUCUAUACCUCCUGGCUCUGAACUGAAGGACAUACCGACAUUAGUGCAAAGGGAGAAGUCAGCAGCAUCUGCAGUAGUAAAAGAAGAGGUCAUUCAAGCAGUUCCAAAAAGAGAAGUUAUGUCAACAAUUGAGGCUCCAGUGCCAAUUGAGACACCACGACGAGAUUCUGUGCAGAAGACACAGGUGCUUUCAGGUACUGAAAAAGGACAAAGACAGGAGGUGGCUGGCCAACAGCCGCCUGUUGGCAAACCCCCCCCUGUACAGCUUUCUAAAACUGCAAAGCAAGAGGUCAAGGCAGAUCUUUUAAAACAAGAAGUUGGAAAACCACCACAACAGCCCUUAAAAUCUGUGACCCCCCCUGCAAAAGCCACACCACCACCAGCUCAGCCUGCAAAACAGGAGUCAGGAGGCUUCUUUGGCUUUGGUGGUCCUAAAACACAACCUGCUGCUGCAAAGCCUGCUGAAUCAGUGACUGGGAAGAUGUUUGGUUUUGGUUCGUCUAUCUUCAGCUCUGCAUCUACACUGAUAACCACACCACCUUCUCCACGUAGGAUGUCCACUACAGUCUCUCCUAAAAUAACACCUCCAGUUUCUCCGAAGAUGCCCCCUGCAAAGGACACAAAACCACCUGCUGCAGAGAAAUCAGAGCCACCUCAACAGACCAAGCCUGCUCCAUCAGCAGAGGCCAAAGUAGAGAAGGCUCCAACAGUGCCUCCUAAAUCAACAGAGGUGACCAAAGUUGCCUCUAAAGCAGCUCUGUCCACCUGUCCACUCUGUAAGGUCGAACUCAACACAAGCUCCAAGGAUCCUCCUAAUUAUAAUACCUGUACGGAAUGCAAGACCACUGUCUGCAACCUUUGUGGAUUUAACCCCAUGCCUCAAACAGGAGCGAAGGAAUGGCUGUGUCUGAAUUGCCAGACUAAAAGGGCCUUGUCUGGACAGCUGGGAGACUCAGGAAAAAGGCCCCAGCUUUCACCAGUACCUGCCACAAAACCAGAGCCCACCCCGCCUCCCAUCAAGGCAGUACCAAUAGUUUCAACUAAAAAAGCACAGAUGGAACCUACAUCUGUCAAACUUGAAACCAUGGCUAAAGCAGCUUCUGCAGAAAUCAAGACAGAGAUCGCACGCGUACCUACAAUAGCAACGGUUUCACCUGUUAUAGCAGACAAACAGCCUUUAGCAGCAUCAACAGCGGAAGCCAUUAUACCUACUAUGGCCAGUGUGCAAAAGACAACAGAAAAAGGAACGGUUGUAGUGCCAACCACAAAUGUUCCAAAGACUGUAACAGUGGAAAAUAAAGAGGAGACUGUGAAAGUGGAGUUCAUUGAAACAAAAGAUUCCAAAGCCAAAGAUUCUAAACCGGACAUUCCAAAAGCCAAAGCUGUAGCAGCUGAAGCUGAAGCUUCUUCUUUCCCAGUGAUUGAAGCAACAGCUGUAUCUACCUCCUCUAUUUCUGCAGAGGUUGCCAUGGCUGAAGUUGUCCCAGAAACCGAAAGAAUUGCUGCAUUGUCUGUUCAUGGGACGAUCAUUGAGGAAGUACAGGCUGAUGACCAUAUCGAACUGACAGACCUACCAACAUCUUUACAGCAAGUUGAAGAGCAACCAAAGUCGCAAGAACGACAGCUGGUGUUGGAAGAACAACCAACUGACAGCAAGGAAAUUGCUGAUAAGUUGGUUGAUAAUAUUAUUGACAUCACCUCAACUCCAGAAACACAACAAAUGUCUACGGAGACCGUCGUCAUAAAAGACCAAGAUGGAAUCAAAAAAGAGACCAUAAAAGAAAGAAAGGUCUCCAAAGCAGAGGAGCAUGAUGAAGAUCAACCCCAUAUUUUACCAAUAUCACAGGAAUUUAAGGAUAAUCAGGUGGCUAGUGAAACAAGUACAAAUUAUAUAAAUACAGAUACAGCUACUCCAGAAAAGGAGGAGGUAAAAGCUGAGAGAAGACGCCUAAGUGUUAAACCAAUGGUUGAAAGCAGUGACAGUGAGCUCACACCCUCACCUAAAGUCCAGAGGAAAAAGUUGGCGGUCUCCAAUUUGUCAUCCAGCAGUGAGGACAUUAAAACUGAAAGUGCUGACUAUGACUCUAUGGAUGAUGAAGAAUUCAUCCGCAGGCAGAUAUUGGGUAUGGGUGAUGAAGAACAAAUGUUUCUUUCAGAAGAUGAGAAAGAAAAUCAUUUGGCAGAUGAGAAAGCUAUCCUCGAGGUUGUGCUUGAUGAUGCUUCAGACACAGGACUAUCACUGUAUGGAAAAUCGAGCACAGAGAAUGAAGAAAGCUCAGCCGGGAAAAAAGCCCUCCAGAAAACUGACACCGCAACUACUCAAUAUUCUCCCGAAAAAAUUCCAAGCUCUACUUUCAAGAAAGCUUUACCAGUCAUGAAACAAAGACAAAGUCCUGAUGAAGAAGUAGAGAGCAUCACAGAAUCCCUGUCAAAGGGAUCAUCUAGUGUCCAGGUAUCUAGCUUUACACCAGGAUCGUCACCCACCUCAGCAUCGUCUCUAGAGGAGGACAGUGAUAGCAGCCCUAGUCACAGGAAAGUCAGUGGGGACAAACAUCAUCGCAAGGGUAAGCACAGGCAGUCAACCCAGCCUCUCCCCACCAUUGAAGACUCCUCUGAGGAUGAGAAGAUAAAAAGUGUGGGGAAGUCUAGGAAAAACAAAGAUGAACUUAAAGCCCAUGGCCCACUUCCAUCUCCAACAGCUUCCUCUACAGAGAAUCUGAGACAGGUCAUUGUAACUGAUGACACUAGUAGAACAUCUGGGUCUGAGUACUCUGCCAGUUUAGAAUCAGAAUCAGAGGCUAAGCGAGCUGUACAGAGAGGACGUAAGCCUUCCAUAACAGUGAUACCAUACACCCCAUUUGAUCCAUCCAUUGAAGAUUAUUAUGUGACAAAAUCCUUGAAAAGCGCAGAAGAAGCAUAUGAGGACAUUUUUCAAGAGACAAAAGCUAUUCCAGGCGAGAGUCCUCCUGGUAUUGAACCACUUUAUGGAGGAAUGGCAAUAGAAGACUAUCUUUAUGAAUCUUUAGUUGAGGAACCUGAAAAUAAGAUGGGCGAAUCUCAAGAGGAAGAAGUAAAUCAGGAAACAAGCUCCGAAUGUCUCCAAAAACUCAGAUCUCCAGAGGAGGUUUAUGAGGAGAUGAUGCAGAAAAAGAGAGAACUUAUAAUGAUAGAAAAAGAGUUUCAACAGUCCCAGACUGCCAUAGAAUCUUCCUCAUUAGGGGCUUCUGUCACCCGGCCUUCCUUGAUUGCUGAGACCUGUGUGGUUACCAUGCCAAUGGAAGAAACAUCCCUCACUCAAAAAAAUGAUAUGCCUCUUAUAUUCACUGAAUAUUCUAGUGAACUGACAUUAAAGAAAAAGAAAAGGCCAGCGCCACCACGGCCCUCUGAACAGCCUAAGCGCUCCGAGGUAACUGUUGUUACUAUUACACCUAGUGGAUCUAUUGGUUUUGUUAGGCCUAUGGUUCCUCAAGAUCCUGCACUCAGAAAAGCAUUGUUCCCCAUACCAGAUCUCAAGAUCACCCAGUGUUCAUCUGGGGAGGAAGACGAUGACAGCCUUGCAGAAGAAUAUGGUGUUGGUAUUUCCUCUGACAUUACCACCAGCGAUGACUCUGAGACUAAAGACGAUGCAUCCAUAAGCCCACCUUUGUCAGAAACUGCUGAUAUGGAGCCUAUCUGUGUGGUCUGUGAAAUUCCAGAGGCAAAACCUAUUCCAACUCCAAUAUCAGCCCCAGAACUUACAUCUACACCCUCACCCACAUCACCAAUGUCAGUUCUAACUUCACCAGCUACUCCAGAUUCCAGUUUGGCUUCUAAUGCUACAUCAUCAUCCUCAUUCCAGGCUCAAACACCUCUUUCAUCAGAAUCAACUCCACUUUCUACACCAACACCUCCAACUUCAUGUGUAACUCAAUCGCCUCCAGAUGACUCAUCACCAUCACCUGUCCCAAUUGCAGAAAAACCGUCUAAUGGGGACUCAGUCUCUCAUCCAACUCCAAACACAGUUAUAGUUACAAUACCAGAUGUGGUGUGGGAUCCGUCCAAAGCUCAAACCACUGAAGCAAUUCAAGUUAAAGCUUCUGCAGCUGGAGCCUCAACCCCAGCCCUAGUGGGGAUGUCUACUCCUCUACCUGUUGUGGUUCAAAUGCCAGACUUGGUUUCAUCCCCUUCUCAGAUGCCUGUCGAAGCUCCGGCUGUUAUACAGGUCUCAGCUCAGAGUCCAGAACCUGUUGUUGUCUCAGCUCUACCUACAACACUAGUAACAGUUACACCUAAAUCAGCCAUAGUCCAGAUGAUGCCGGACUUGGUGUCAACUACAUCUACAAACUCUGCACAAACCCCACUGCCAGCAGUUGUAUCUACCCAAGCUCAAGUUCAAGCCAAAGUGGUCCCUCUACAAGCAGCCGUCACAUCAAUAAGCCCAGUAAUCCCAGCUUCAUCUCAAGCAGCCCAGGUGUCUGCAGCAUCAACGACUAUAACUAAGAAGAAGGUUCCCCCCCCUCCACCCCCUCGGUCUACGUCAGUGUCAUUACCAGAGCUGCCACUUGUAAAAACUGUUCAGGAUGUUACCCCUACUAUGACCACAACAAUAGCUAGGCGAGCCACAGUGACUGGCCAGCCAAUGCAGUCCAUAGUAGUGGAUAUACAGCCAAGAAUGGAAGAUAUGCAACCAGAGAGUGCAGGUGUACCUCCAAUAGUGACCCCAACCAGACAUGGGCACGUUGUCAUAAUAGUGCCUAGUCUAGAAAAUAUGUCUCUGCUUGGAAAAACCCCACGAGAUUUAGCUAGCACAGAGUCAAUACCUGCUGCUGCUUCUCUGCCACAAAGUAGUGAAACAGCUUCAGAAAUACCAAGCACAGAUAUAGCUUCUUUAUCGACUAAGGUGUCAUCAGUGCCAGUAGCUUCAGCUCCGCCACUUCCGCCUAAACCUAUGGCCAGGGCACAUUUAGUAGAAACAGUAGAAAUACCUGUAGCAGGUAUAACUCCACCACUUCCUACCACAUUACCCAAGCCAAGUGUUUAUCCAAAACCACUGGUUCCAACUGCAGUGACAACUGGUAGAGCAAUAGUAGGACAAGUUUCUGAUACAACAACUGGUCAUGGUCAAAUUGCCAAGCCUCCUCCUCCCAUACCACCUAAGCCUGUAUCAAUUCCAGCUGGACUGGUUUUCAGCCACAAACCAGGAGAAAGUGUCAAGCCACCUCCUCCUCAUGUGGCCCCUAAAGCUGCAACACUACCCAGGGUUAAAGAACCUCCAAAUGCUCUCUCACUUAGCCUGACACGACCUGUUGAAUCUAAGUUUGGAGCUAUCUCCCCUAAAUCACCUUUGUCUCCUAGACACGCCAAAUGUUUGCAGACCUACGUGGUAAUAACACUUCCAUCUGAACCUGGCUCACCAACAGAAGUUAUAACAGUCCAGGCACCAGUGAGACGGAGCUCCAUCCCAUCUACACAAGUGUCUGGGAUACGGACGACACCUUUGGAGCAAAAAACACUUACUGAAGCAUUUUCAGCACAGGCUACAAUAAGAAGAGCCUCUGUCCCUACUGUUAGGCUUCCACCUCCAAUAACCAUAGCUCCAACUGUGGCAGUAGAGCAAGUGACAACCUCUGGAGAAGUGGCUAAUCAAGUGCAGAGAGGUGAUAUGCCUUCUGAGGAGUUAGCACCAUCUUUCGCUGAUGUCAUAGUAGUGUCAUCAAGUCAGGAAAUGUCUAUUCUGGCACAUAGUGUACCUCCCCCAAUUAAGAAACCAUAUGUUCUACAGCAACAAUCAAUUGCUCAGCCACUGACACAUGAUACAACAAUGGAUGAAGUAAUUUCAACAACCCAAGAGCCUGGAGUUAUUUUUCAACCACUAACAGUCGAAGCAGCGGCAAGAGCCCAGUCUAUACCACUUGAUUUUAAACUUACUACAGAGGUCACAACAGUGCCGCCAGAGGUUUCAGCUGAAGCACUAGUUCCUCAUGCCCCUAUACCCACUGUACCUGUGCACCCACAGCCUCUUACAGAAGUUGUUUGUGUACCACUGCAGCCUGAAAUACCGUUUGUUUCACUUGGUCCCGAAACUAGGGCAGCAGCAGUAACUACAACUGUUCUUUAUCCACAAUUUGCAACUCAAAUUGAAAUGCUACAAAAUGAACAGGAUGUGCCAUCUCAUGUCAUAGUCACUGAGAGAGUUAUGGUAAGAUCACCAGUAAUAGGAGUGAGUCAUCACAUUUCCUCUCAACAGCAACUUACAGAGAUUGAAGCUACAGAGCAAGAAUUGCCUCCAGUCUUUAACUAUGCUGACGCCAUUGCUGAAUACCCAUCAGUAACACAAACUGUUCAGCCUUUAGAAGAUAUGACACAGCAGCUAUCUUCGCAGCACCCAUGGCCUCCAGCUGAAGGGUUGACCCUCCCUACCAAGUUUGAAAUACCUACAGAGGUGAUAACAACUGACAUUGCUAUUACUAUACCAGGAGUAGAAACAGUGUGUCCAGCAACCCAUCCUGUACCUCAAGUUGUUGAAGUUACCCCAACACCGGAAGUGAAUAAGUUAAUGCAACUGACUACAGUUUCUAAGAUGAUAACUCCUACAAUUGGUGAAGUAACACCUGAAGUAUCACCUCUUGUAAUGGAAGUCCAACCAAUGGCAGUAAAACCAGAAGUACCUCAUGUUAUUCAUAUUCCACAGGUCUAUGGAGGAGUUACAUCCUCAGUCAUGUCAUACUCAUCACCAUUACUGGAGGUCAUAGCAAUGCAGCCUGAACGUGAUACACCCACAGAGUUUAUAACAAAGGAUGUUGAUGCAGGUGAUUCAUUGCCAUCAUCAGUGUUGCAUCCCCUGGUGGCAAGGAUGCCAGUUAGAGUUGUUUCAAAUGAGGAAACCACCAGUGGAAUUUGGACAUCUGUAUCUUCCAUAGUACAGCCAAGUUACAGCACAAGUGAACUGUUUUCCUAUCCAGCAGAAUAUGAAACACCUAGGUUUACAACUGCUGCCUUUGCUACCCCCAGGGGAGAAUCCAUAACUAUGCAGCAAUCAUUACCAUUGGCACAUGUAGUGAACAUGCCAGCUGAAAAAGAUGUUGCUUUUGAUCAUUAUGCAGUUCAGGUCCCCUACAGGAGAGAAUAUGUUCAUUCAACAGAACAAAGACCACAUGUAUUAACUUAUUCAUCGGAAUAUGACCAUCCUCUGGAGAUAAUAACAACUGAGGCAUAUACUAGGAAAACCUCAAUCCCCACUGCACAGGACAUUCCACAUGGUGUAUAUGUUGCUCCAGUUACUAUAACUAAGAUUCAGCAAGAGUCUAUUGAGAGCAAAGAGAUUCGAGGACCAGAAAAGGUGGUCUCCAGUAUGAGUCACAUGAUUUCUUCUUCAAUUUCCACUUCAGGCCAACCUCCUGAGAGCCUGCCUAGCCUGGUCACUCAGGUGUUUACCACUGAGGUCCAGAGGACCACUGUCUCAGUUGUUCAACAAAGACUUCCACAAGUCCCUCAAAGCAGUGUACACAUCACUAUACAACCAGAUGUAGCUAAAAUACAACCUCUGUCAAAACAGAACAGGAAGAUAAUCUACCCUGGUGAUGUUAUGGAUUUACGAACAAUGAAGGUUGCCAUAAAGAUGACAGAACAGGGCAUGGACCUGACACCACCUGAGUCAUGUCGACAGUCUUUUUCAAGUGACUCUAGUUGGCGUCAAAUCACAGCAGUGCAGCCUGAGAUAGUCAAUCUUAGUUCAGCGAUCACACCUGCAACCACGCUGUCUGUGGUCACUGACAGCAUCACAAUAGUCACAUGCACAGCAACCAUUGCAUCAUACAACACCACUCCAGCAGAGAAACCACUGGAUUUGCAGGGCCCUGUUACAUCAUUGCCUCUGUCUCUCGCCACAUACAAAUCAUUUGAACCGCUGGCUCAGAUUGUUUAUAGACCUGUGAAUUCGCAGCCCGCAGUCAGUGCUGUAGCAUCCACAGCUCAAGACAUACCUAUAAAUCUUUCCUUUGGAGCUCUGGUCACAGGAGGCAAACAGCAAAUCACUUCCCCUGUAGCUAUAAGCAAUGGAGGUCCUUUCCUUUAUUUGGAGGCCACAGGGGCCAUGGAUCUUUCUAACUACAGACCAAUGAGAGCUAUGGUUGCUUUGUCUGAUUCAAGCCCAGGAGUCGUGACAACUAUUGUAGAAGACGAUGGGACUCCAGUAGACCUUACAGCGGGUAGGAGGAGUGUUUGCUGUGAUGUCAUUUACAAGCUACCAUUUACAGGAAGCUGCAGAACACAGCCCGCAGUUACAGAGCAGCCUGAAAACCGUUUUGGCUACAGAGAUGACCACUACCAAUACGAUAAUGCUGGAAUGUAUGGUAUCAAAAACAUGACUGGAAUAAAAGCUUCAAUGUCUGAGACCAACCUCACAGAGGCAGGACUGUUUCCCUAUGAUCCAAAGAAUGACUUUGACUAUCUCAGUGGAUCUUCAGAUGGCGCUAUUGACCUCACUGCUGCCAAACUUUCAGCUGGUAAAGCAGUUGACUACACUAGCAAAGCAACAGGAGUCUACCCUGGGAUGACUACUGCUCCAUACUCCAAGAUCCCCGCAGCUGGGUUUGGAGUAAAUGGAGUUCUAAUAACCUCAGAUGGAAUAGUUUACUCCUCUGUUGCUGCCCCAGAUCCUUCCACAUAUGCAGUUACAACUCAACCAGGCUCCAUCUUUAGCGGUCCCCUACCACCUACAUCAACAGUCCAGAACCAGUCAUUGCCACAUCCAUAUGGUUUUAUUCCCAGUGCAGAACCUGGAGAGAUUAUUCCUUUUGAUACAGGGCUACCUAAGGAGCUUCUCCCCACAGCUUUAUCUGACAUCAUAACAGGCUAUCCAGACAUGUACUCAGAUACUACCCUGGAAGCAAUUGCUGCCUCUCUGGAUGCCUUGGCCUCUUCCUCAAUAUUCCCUGGUUUAGACAACACCAAGAUGGCCCAGUAUCAGAUGGAGAGGGAGUUUCUAGAGCUAGAGAAGCUUAAGCAGCUUUGUCUCGCCGAGGAGCUGGAGUGGGAGAGGCAUGAGAUCCAGCGUUACCGUGAACAGGAACAGCUCAUGGUCCAAAGGGAGCUUGAGGAGCUCCAGGCUUUGAAACAGCAGCUUCUAAUGCAACAAGAGGAAGAGCACCAUGCCCACGUGGUGGCCCAGCAGGAGACCUAUGCCCAGCAGAAAGACCAGUUGCAGCAAAUCCAACAACUCCAACUGCAACUCCAGAGCCAGCUUGAUGAGCACUACGGUAGCACUGGUACUACAGGAAACUUGCUAGAAGCUAAAUAUGCAGGGGUAGGGGACAGUGGCCAGUACUGGCCUGUCAAAGAUGAGUCUACAACUUCAUCUAUUGGGACACAGUUAGAGGAGGGUCAGGAUCAGCUUAAACUAGUUAAGAAACUACAAGCUGAUCAGGACACAGGGAAAAGAAUAAUUGAUAGUGGGGUACAGACAGAUGAUGAAGACUCAGCAGAGAAGCAGCCCGUAGGAAGGAGAAAGAAGAACAAGAGAAAUAAUGAGAGCUCAGCUCAGACUGAUGAUGAGGACCAAGAUGAAUGGGAUGCUCCAACAAAAGCUCGACGACGCACUCGAAAACAUAGCAGUGAGGGAAAACAUGUCUCUAAGGUCACUAGCAUUGCAAUCCAGACAGUGGCAGAGAUAUCUGUCCAGACUGACCACUCUGGAACUAUCAAACGACCACAUGUCCAGAUGGACACUAGGGUAGAAAUUGUUAAACAUAUCUCAGCUCCAGAGAACUCUCAGAGGGGUGGAAGUCUGAGCUGUCAGACAGACUAUGACAGAAGGUACACACCCAUUGACGUUGGCUACAGCACACAGGUGAAAGCAGAUGUCCCCUCAAAGUCUAAAGUCUUCUACACUUCAGUCUCUCCCAUGUCCCCGGAAAAGUCACUUGGAGGGCAAAGAAUGCUGACUGCGGACCCAAACAGAUUUUCUUCUGGACCUCGGUCACUAAAGGCUGGUCAGAAGUCUCUCUCUGAUCCUAAAUCCCUUAGUCCUACCACAGACGACAGGAUCGGUGGACAUUAUGCAGACAGCUAUUCUAGCCGUGCCUCUCCCUCUGGUACAGGUAAGAAGGUAAAGCGAACAUUACCAGACCCCCCUCCUGAGGAUGACUCCCUGACAGGACGUUCAGGCUACAGCACCAACUCUGCUCGUCGCCGUCUUGCCCGCAGUACAACAAUGGCCCGGGCAAAGAUCCUUCAGGACAUUGACAAGGAGCUUGAUCUGGUGGAGAGAGAAUCCUCUAAACUUCGCAAGAAACAAGCUGAGCUAGAUGAAGAGGAAAAGGAGAUUGAUGCCAAAUUACGGUACCUGGAGAUGGGUAUCAACCGACGUAAGGAUGCCUUACUUAAGGAGAGAGAGAAGAGAGAGCGGGCUUAUCUCCAGGGGGUGGCGGAGGAAAGAGAUUACAUGUCAGACAGUGAGGUUAGCAACAUCAGAGAAGCCAGGGGUGAUGGCCUGGAGAGACCACGGACAGCUCCACAGUCUGAGUUUGACCAAUUCAUCCCACCUCAGACAGAAGCUGAUUCCCAGUACAACACACUUACUAGUCCCUACUCUCACUAUGGCCAAUAUGCCCCUCAGACCCAAACCACCAGUCACUACACCCAACAGAACCUAUAUCAGCAGCAGUCCCUUUACCAACAACAGGUAUCUCCUUACUCAAGCCUUUCCCUCUCUCAUGCCCAGGCUCAGUCAAGCAGCUACCAACAUGCUCUGCACUUGCAGCAGGGUAAGCAGCGGCAAACAACCCUGUCUGAUUUAGAGCCUAAGAUCAGAACAAACUAUGAAGUUAUACACAACCAGCCUCUGCUCAUUGUUCCAACCUCAACAGAAAGUGGUUAUGGGGUUGCUCAUCUUGGGGGCAAGUAUGGCAGUUUGGACUUAAGGAUAGGGAUAGGGGAGAGGAGCAUGGCGUCCAGUCCCAUGUCUAGCAUUUCUGCUGAUUCCUUCUAUGCUGAUAUUGAACACCACAAUUCUAGGAACUACGUGCUGAUAGAGGACAUAGGGGAACUCACCAAGGCCUCAACAGGUCUGAGCAACACCGGUUUGGGAUCUGGAUUCAACAUUCCUGAUAAGGAGUUGUCCAAGGCAGACAGACUACUCAGGGCAGCAGAAGUCAGGCGCUCAGCGGAGGUGGCAGAUUUUUUAGGUUCAUCUCGACUUCAGGGUUAUGGUAAAGGAGAAGAUGACACUAUGGAGGAGCCUUAUGAGCUAAAACUACUGAAGCAGCAGAUCAAGCAAGAGUUCAGGCGAGGAAAUGAAGGACUAGAACACUUAACAGGCCUUGGCCAGCCCCAGUAUCUCCCUAGUGAUGGCAGCUUUCGCCACUUCCCUAAAGGAGAAAAAUAUAGCAUCGGCAGGCUCACUCUUGAAAAACAGGCUGCAAAGCAACUCCCAGCAGCUGUGCUUUACCAGAAACAAAUGAAGAACAAAAAGGCCCAAAUAGACCCUAAGGCCAUCACAAAAUGUUCUCCAAUUCAGGAGACUAGGGACCUGGAGCCCGACUACGGCAGCUACAUGGGAUCUGGGGCCUCUUCUGUGACAAAUAUGGCUGCUACAGCUAGGUUGCUUCAGGAUGAGAUUACAUUUGGGCUAAGAAAGAACUUGUCUGAGCAGCAAAAAUAUUUAGGCUCCUCCCUGGGUGCAAACUUAGCUGGUUCUCUUAAUCUUGGGCAGUCCCUUGGACUUGGAUCUACCAUCAGGGCCACUGCCCAUGAUGAUGGCACCUACCCAAGUGGCACCCGUUCCCGCCCCUCAUCACGCCCCUCUUCCCGCCCCUCUUCUGUCUAUGGCUUGGAUCUAUCCAUCAAAAGAGACCUAUCCAGCUCCUCACUUAGACUUAAAACAGAAGGAGAGGUCCUGGAUGCAGCAUUUGCCCCUGGGGUGGCCAGAGCAAAGCCAACUAGUUUACCUAUCAGCCAAAGUAGGGGCCGACUCCCCAUUGUGGCUCAGAACUCUGAGGAGGAGAGUCCUCUCAGCCCAGUGGGGCAGCCUAUGGGUAUGGCUAGAGCCUCAGCUGGACCUCUCCCUCCCAUCUCUGCCGACUCCAGGGACCAAUUUGGGUCAAGCCAUUCUCUGCCAGAGGUACAGCAACAUAUGAGGGAGGAAUCUCGGACAAGAGGCUAUGAUCGAGACAUCGCAUUUAUCAUGGAUGACUUACAAGGCGCCAUGUCUGACAGCGAAGCAUUAAGUGAUUCCAGGCUGGCUUUGAACAGAGAUGAUGCCAGAAUCUUUCAUGAAAGUAUCAGACACGCUGGAGGCCCAAACUGGAAUAUAGAAGCCUACCACCUAAGGAGAGAGGACACAGAUUGGUUUGAUAAGCCAGAUGAGGGGCAUCCACAGGCCAGGAGACAGAUGAAACUGGUACCAUACGCCUUCCCUAACAAUCACAUCAAGCUGAAGAGAGACCCAAAGGACACCAGUGUGUCAGGCAACGGACUUGGUAUCCGGGUGGUAGGUGGGAAGGAGAUUCCAGGGAGCCGAGGACAGAUUGGAGCCUACAUCGCAAAGGUUAUCCCUGGUGGUGUGGCAGAACAAACAGGACAAGUUGUAGAGGGAAUGCAGGUGUUGGAGUGGAACGGAAUCCUUCUGAUGGGAAAGACUUAUGAAGAAGUGCAGUGCAUCGUGGGCCAGCCAUGUGCCGAGGCGGAGAUCUGUGUUAGACUCGACCUUGAUAUGCUGUCUGACCCUGAGCACCCACAAGCCCUGGAGCACCAUGUCCAGCUUAAGGCUGUAGGUGGGCAGCGUUCCCCUGGUGUGGAUCCUAAUCAAUUGGCAGCAGAACUGCAGAAGGUGUCCCAGCAACUGGCUCCUGGUUUGGCUGGAACAGGGCUCGGGUCUGGGGGUUUGGGGAUCCUCUCUGCACUGGAUCGUUCUGCCCUCCUCCACUCUGGUACUGGCUCAGCUGCCUCCAGUGGUGUGCCAAGCCCUGGCCAGCCUGCAUCCCCAGCCAUAAACAAGAAACAACGACACAAGCCGAUAACAGAGGUAAUGAGGAUACCUCAUCCCAUCACUGGAGAAAUUCAGCUCCAGAUCAACUAUGACAAGAACCUGGGAAACUUGAUCGUGCAUGUUCUGCAGGCCAGAAACCUGGCCCAGAGGGACAACGACGGCUACUCUGACCCGUUUGUCAAGGUCUACCUCUUACCUGGGAGAGGUGCUGAUAACAAGAGAAGGACCAAGUAUGCCCAGAAGACCAUGAACCCAGAAUGGAACCAGACUGUCAUCUACAAGAACAUUCAUUUGGAGCAGUUAAAGAAAAAGACGCUGGAGGUGACUGUGUGGGACUAUGACAGAUCAUCUUCCAAUGACUUCCUGGGAGAAGUGUUGAUUGACUUGUCGAACACUACCCAGCUAGACAACACUCCUCGCUGGCUGUUUCUGAACGAGCAGAGUGAGAGCAUUGAGCACAGCAAAGCCCACCAUGCUGCUCAAGGCCCACCAGGGUCUGGGUCAGGUCAGGGUUAUGGUCAGGGACACAGCCUAGGCCAUAUGUCAGGCCCUGGGAUGGGGCUUGGUAUAGGACAGGGACCAGACGGGAGUCAAGAUUCACCAAAGAACUCUGUCAUCAAGAGCAGAAGUCAUGGAAUCUUCCCUGACCCAGCAAAAGACAUGCAGAUGUUGCCUUUGGAAAAGUCACACAGCAGCCCAGGCAGCUCCAAGUCUUCCUCUGACGGCCAACUGCGCUCCCAUGGCCCCUCCAGAAGCCAAAGCAAGAGCAGCGUCACUCAGGCCCACCUUGAGGAUGCUGGGAUAGCCAUUGCUGCUGCCGAGGCGGCUGUGCAACAGUCCCGCCUGCAACCAAGACCAGGACACCGACUGGCUGAUGUCUCAGGGUCAGUGGUGCUGUCGGCCCCGAGUCUUGUUGGAGACGCAUAUGGAGGUCUGGAUGGGGAAGAUGGGGAGGACACUGGAGUGGACAGUGCCAUUUUUCAAGUCCCACGCAUCGGAAAGACUAUUCCUAACGGCACAGACAAACACCAACUAGGGACCCCGGAAAAUGAAGCCGGUAAAACACAAGUAAUAGGCGAGAUCAAGGUGGCUCUCAAGAAGGAGGUAAAGACAGAAGGGGACCAACUGGUUUUGGAGAUCCUUCAAUGCAGAAACAUCACUUACAAGUUCAAAAGCCCCGACCACCUACCAGACCUGUAUGUGAAGCUAUAUGUGGUAAAUGUAGCCACUCAGAAAAGGAUCAUCAAGAAGAAGACCAGAGUGUGUCGACAUGACAGAGAGCCCUCCUUCAAUGAGACCUUCAGGUUCCCCCUAAACACAACUGGACACUCCAUACAGCUUUUCUUGGUGUCCAACGGAGGCAAGUUCAUGAAGAAGACCCUGAUAGGAGAAGCCUACAUCUGGCUGGACAAGGUGGACAUGAGAAAGAGAGUGGUCAGCUGGCACAAGUUGUUUGUUAGCUCCAAUCAGACCAACCCCUGAACAGCACAACAACAAGCUGGAGAAAAGGUGAAGGAUGUGUUCAGAGAUCCAUUUCUGACAACAAGACAAGAGAAAAAUAUUUCAAAAGAGGAACUAAACAAAUAUAUUUAAGUUCACGAGUGUUAAGGAGGAAAUUAUCUUCUAAUACCAUUACAAUUGUAUCUUUCCAACACUGCCAGCACACAUGUCCACCUCCUCCCAUAUCGAUUCUGUGCUGACUGUGAUUGUAGGAUGCAAACAUGCAAAUACCACAGCAAGCUCUGAAACACACACAGCAGCACUACGGCUGUGUGAGCAGCGAUGUCCAUUACCAUGGUUCCAAUUCAAUGAUCGACAUGAUGUUGUUUUAGGGCUCUGCAACUAAGCUAACAUAUCUCUCAGAGGGAAAAACGGAAAAAGAAAUCACCCACAUUUGCAUUGUGUUUUUUUCAUUUGAGAGUCAUUUUUGAAAUGUCCAUAUGAUGGUUGUGAUGUGUGUGGACAUCAGUGGUCUUGAAAUGUUAAAUAUGAAGGAAUGCAUAUUUUUUCUGUAUGAAAGUAUUUUAGUUUUAUGGAAAAAUAUAAAACAACAAAGUCAGACAGAUGACUUUUGCUAUGUGAUGAUAGAAUAUGUACAGCACAGAUUGUAGAUAUCACACAUGCAGAUUACAGAGCAUAUCAGAGAACCACAUUGUACAGUGUGAUGUUUAAAUAAUAUACAAAGAUAUCAGAUGCAGAAUAUAUCUAAUAACAUAUACAGUACAAGAGUUGUUCUCAUAUUACUAGAUCAUAUAUAAUACAAAAUAGAGUCUGUUUGAGGCUGUGAGUGACGCACUGACAAUCCAGUAGGCUGCUCUAGUCUAUGGUGUAGGCAGUCUUAAUAGCCGUUAUGUGAAUGUGGACCUAUGUGAGCUCAUGGAUGUUCAUGACAAAAAGCUCCUUUAGUGCUUUGAUCACACUGAUGCAUCAUUAGAUAUUCAACAGGGCUGUGAUGGAUUACAACAUUUUAAAUGUCAACAAGCAGUAACAUUUAGCUAUUUCACUAGCAUGCUAUUGUGUUAGGCAGGUUGAAUUACAAUACAAGGACCAGCAGUUAUGCGUUUCAAAGUCCAAAUCACUUGCUGUGUUGAAAGUCACAAGCCAACUGUUGAGAAUGAGAAGAGUAUAUUACAUCUGUUUCAAGUGUAUGACAUUUUUACUUUAAGGCUGUUGCUUAGAGUAUGCUAAUAUUUCUUUCUGUGUGGCCUAUCAUGUAAUUACACUGUUGGUAUGGACAUGUAAUUCACAAGUUGUGUCAAAACCAUACGUGUGUCUGCAACUGUCAUCACCUCAGUAUGACGGCUCUGCUUUCUCUGUGUAAGUAACGCCCGUCCUAGUUUUACCUAAAAACAUUUCAAAUGAAGAAAAAAUGUUCUUACCCUUUCAAAUGGCAAGGUUCCUCUGUGUUUCUGACUGUGCUGUAAAACUCACCAAGCUGUUUUGUGUCAGUGACUCCCAAACACAGUGAACCAGCCUCGUACACUGCCUGUGACCAAAACACUCACUCAGGCCCAUUGGGGUUGUCAUAUUUUCAGUCAUUCAGAUGGGGCCGCAAUUAUCUUGCAUAGUGUUGCCCCCAUAUCUAAAGAAUAGGGGGAAAAAACACUUUGAGUGACCCUCAGAUCGACUGUUGUUGUGUUAAGGCAUAUCAUAGGGCUGAUGCAAUUUUUUUUAAAGAAAUAAAUAUAACAGAAGAAACACACCUAAAACAAGAUGUCACCUAAAUCUUAUACCAUAGGGUAACAAGGGAAUAUAAAAUGAAGGGAAUGUGGCUGAGUUUUCCAAUAAUUAUUUUGUUGUGCCAACCUUGUUUUUUUAUUCCAGAAACAUUGAUUUUUAAUUCUAUGCAACAUAGAUGUGUUUGAAUGCAUUUGUUUUUUUUGGAACUAAAUGUUAUUUAUGUGAACAUAUGGUCUAAAAAUGGCUUACAGAAAAAAGAUAAAAACUUUAAUUUGUACAU